AUGAGAUUCUCCGCCAUCCUUCUGUCCGCUGGCUUCGUUGCCCUUGCUGCUGCUCAGUCAUCGUCGACAACCACUUCCGCCGCUCCUAACCCAACCACCAUUUGCCUCAAUGCUUGUGACACCGGCGAUGUAACUUGCCAGGCAUCCUGUGUGGGUGUCCCGGCCCCAGAUGCCUCGAUGGUCAAUGCGACCAACGAAUGUGCCGCCGCUUGCCCUCAAGGCAACGGCACCGCCGCAGAGACUGAUGCCUUCUCUAAGUGCGUUCAGUCAUGCAUCACUAAUGAGUUCUUGUCGACCUCUGCCGGUGCUGGAGCUACUGCCACUGGAACUGGAACUGGAACUGCUGCCACAGGAUCUGGAUCAUCUCAAACUGCCACUGGAACUGGAUCGUCCGCCUCAGCCUCUGGCACCUCCGCUUCGGAUUCCGCUGCUGCUGGAUACACCGUAACUGGUUCCUUCAUCGCCCUUUUCGCCGUUGCCGCCGGUAUCAUUGUCUUGUAA